AUGCCGACCCCGCGGGCAGACGAGCCGGAUGCCGUCAUGGGCGACGGCAUCGACAAGCACGACGAGGCGCGCCUUCAUCCGCUGUGCGAUUUCGAGUUCACCUUUGAGUCGUCCACGCUGCUGAUCGAACCUGAUGUACGCUCCCAUCCUGAUGCCCGUCGGGAGGCGUUUGCGCUGACGUGA